AACUGCAACUUCCGGCUUUCGGAGUUUGGUGGCGGUAAAGGACAUGAGUAAAGGCCGGGCGGAAGCCGUGGCGGAAGCCUGCGGGAUCCUGCUGAGGUACCUACAGGAGCAGAACCGGCCCUACAGCGCCCAGGACGUGUUCGGGAACCUGCAGCGGGAACACGGACUGGGCAAGGCAGCGGUGGUGAAGGCGCUGGACCAGCUGGCCCAACAAGGCAAGAUCAAAGAGAAGAUGUAUGGCAAGCAGAAGAUAUACUUUGCUGACCAGGAACAAUUCGACAUGGUCAGUGAUGCUGACCUCCAAGUCCUAGAUGCCAAAAUCGUGGCCCUCACUGCUAAGGUGCAGAGCUUGCAGCAGAGCUGCCGCCACAUGGAGGCUGAGCUGAAGGAGUUAACUAGUGCCCUGACCACACCGGAGAUGCAGAAAGAGAUCCAGGAGUUAAAGAAGGAAUGUGCUGGCUACACAGAGAGACUGAAGAACAUCAAAGCGGCCACCAACCACGUGACGCCAGAAGAGAAAGAGCAGGUGUACAGAGAGAGGCAGAGGUACUGCAAGGAGUGGAGGAAGCGCAGGAGGAUGGCAACAGAGCUGUCUGAUGCAAUCCUUGAAGGAUACCCCAAGAGCAAGAAGCAGUUUUUUGAGGAAGUUGGGAUAGAGACAGAUGAAGAUUACAACCUCAAGCUCCCAGAUCCCUGAGGCCCUCCGGCAGGCCUGGAACAGAGAUGUCCUGGACUGGCUGCCUUGUUUAGGUCGGCUUUGUUGUUGCUCCUGCUGCUGUCCACUUCUGGGCACACACCAAAGUACUGGGUGGAGCGCUGGUGACCCAGAGAGGAUGGUUUCGCUCGUUUCAUCAUCCACGUUUUGACCGCCUGAACUUAAGAGUUAGAUGGGGAACAAUGCAAAAGGAAAGCAUUUGGCAAUAUUUAUUGUAAUAUAAUUUGAUAUAAAAAUAUUUAAUUUCCUCUGGAUAAUCAAACCUCCCAGAUAUCAAACCUGAGGAAGGCAAAAGAGAGCUUGGGGGACAAGGGCAGAGAGAGGCUACUAUGCACAGCAUGCAAGGAGCCCAGGACCUCACCCAGGACUCUCCUGGGCUCUACACUCCAGGAGACCUUUAGAAAAUCUUCUCUACCCACCUUCACCCCACCCCAAGUCCUGGGAGAAAUGCAGGCAGCCCUGAGAUGGUAGAGACCCACAUACACUUGACAGAGAGCCUGGGAGUGGUCUUGAGGCCAAUUUUCCAAAAUUGUAACUUUAGCAAAAUUGCACUGUUGGUGUUUAGAAAAAUUAAAAAAUUUAACACGUA